ACCUGCGCCGGGUCAGCACCUGCGCCGCGCCCGCACCUGCGCCGCGCCCGCCAUGGCCGGCAAAGCACACAGGCUGAGUGCUGAGGAGCGGGACCAGCUACUGCCAAACCUGAGGGCUGUGGGGUGGAAUGAGCUGGAAGGCCGAGACGCCAUCUUCAAGCAGUUCCAUUUCAAAGACUUCAAUCGGGCUUUUGGCUUCAUGACGAGAGUGGCCUUGCAGGCCGAGAAACUGGACCACCACCCCGAAUGGUUUAACGUGUACAACAAGGUCCACAUCACCUUGAGCACCCAUGAGUGUGCCGGCCUUUCGGAACGGGACAUAAACCUGGCCAGCUUCAUCGAACAAGUAGCAGUGUCCAUGACCUAGGCCCUGCCCUUCCUCUGCAAAUUCUUCAGGGGAAGGGGGUGACUGAAUCAGGAAUCUGGUGUGGGGGGGAAUCCGGGGAGCCAAGAUGUUGCUGCAACUAGAAGGGCCAAGUGGACUCUGCUGCCACCAGCUAGGGGAGAGUCCUUGCUGUGGACAGAGAUGCCGGCAUCAACGCCGACCUUUCCCCAAACCCCACUUCAUC